ACAGUCAGUAGCCCUGCACUUGACAACUCAAUAAUACAUUACUGGACUGAGGUGGAUUAUUAUCUGACGGUGGUGUGACGGUGUUCCUGUGAUGGGGAAGACUGGCCAGAGCACGGUGGACCUCAACUCACCCUCAGAUGUGAAGCAGGCUAUCCCGUUUGAGGACCUCCGUCACAACAGUGUUCCUGUAGAAGAGGAGAAGGAGAAUAAAGUACCAGACAGAGGAGCGUGGAAGGGAAAAUUUGACUUUCUGCUGUCCUGCGUUGGAUAUGCCAUUGGGCUUGGAAAUGUGUGGAGGUUCCCAUAUCUUUGCGGAAAGAAUGGUGGAGGAGCUUUUCUCAUCCCAUACUUCACUACUCUGGUGUUUGCUGGUAUCCCGCUGUUUCUGCUAGAGACGGCAUUAGGACAGUACACGUCAGUAGGGGGGCUGGGAGUAUGGAAAUUAAUACCCAUGAUGAAAGGUGUGGGUCUGGCUGCUGUGGUUCUGUCCUUCUGGCUCAACAUCUAUUACAUCGUCAUCAUUGCCUGGGCUCUCUACUACCUCUUCAGCUCUUUCAAAGCAGAGUUACCAUGGCAAACUUGUGAUCACCCUUGGAACACUGAUCGCUGCUUUUCCAACUAUAGUUUGAUGGACACCACCAACCUGACCAGCGCCGUCACUGAGUUCUGGGAGAGGAACAUGCAUCAGUUAACAAAUGGUUUGGAGGAACCAGGGGAAUUGCGCUGGCCGUUGGUUGGAACUUUGGCGUUGUCUUGGAUUCUUGUUUAUUUCUCAAUCUGGAAAGGAGUGGAGUGGACGGGGAAGGUGGUGUAUUUCUCAGCCACAUAUCCCUACUUCAUGCUCUUUAUUCUGUUUUUCCGUGGAGUCACUCUCCCUGGGGCGAUAGAUGGCGUUCGCUUUUAUAUCACCCCAGACUUCAAAAAGCUUUUAAAAUCUGAGGUGUGGUUGGAUGCCGCCACUCAGAUCUUCUUCUCCUACGGUCUGGGUUUAGGUUCUCUCAUUGCUCUGGGAAGUUACAACUCCUACAACAAUAAUGUCUACAAAGAUUCUAUCAUUGUGUGCUGCAUAAACUCCUGCACCAGUAUGUUCGCUGGGAUCGUCAUAUUUUCCAUUGUGGGCUUUAUGUCGCACAUCACAAAGAGACCCAUUGAAGAACUGGCUGCUUCAGGUCCUGGUUUGGCAUUUCUGGCCUAUCCGCAAGCAGUCACACAGCUUCCCAUGUCUUCACUCUGGUCUAUUCUCUUCUUCUCAAUGCUCAUGAUGCUGGGAUUGGACAGUCAGUUUUGUACAGUGGAAGGCUUCAUAACUGCUCUGAUGGACGAAUAUCCCACAGUCCUGAGGAAGAGAAAGAAAGUCUUCAUCCUCAUUGUCUGCAUUAUAUCCUUCAUCAUCGGCUUCUCCAACAUCACCCAGGGUGGCUUAUACGUGUUCAAAUUGUUUGACUACUACUCGGCCAGUGGAAUGUGUCUUCUGUUCUUGGUCUUCUUUGAGACAACCUCCAUUUCUUGGUUAUACGGCGCAGAGAAAUUUUAUAAAAACAUUGAAGACAUGAUUGGUUAUCGGCCUUGUGGCUUUUGGAAACAAUGCUGGUUGUACUUUACUCCAACAAUUUGUUUGGGUGUUUUCACAUUCAGUGCCAUAGAAAUGACUCCUCUGACAUUAGGGAAGUAUGUGUACCCGACCUGGGGUCAGGGCAUCGGCUGGCUAAUGUCGCUUUCUUCCAUGAUUCUUAUACCCGGAUAUAUCAUCUAUAUGUUCAUCACUACCAAAGGCAGCAUCCGACAGCGCUGGCACAAGAUGACCAAACCCAGAGAGGUCACAAUUUCGGAUGCCAAUGAUAUCACACAGCAAUCCUCACGGACAGGAAGUAUGGAUGAAGCUUCAGUCUGACAUCAUUUCCUCUUUUCUGUACAAUGGCCAUUAAACCAAUGGCAAAAUAACUAUUCCUCCAUUCCGUUCUUUUUUUCUGUUGGAGAAUCUACAGCAGAUUGAAGUGGAUUACACACAUGUUCAUCUGUUUUCUUGCAUUUCUUUCUCUACAUCCCUCUCUUAUGUUGCAUCACGUAAUAUGAGGGGGCUGCAGUCUGUAUUGAGAGGAGAAAUACGUUUCAGUGACUAUCAGUAUAAAGCUAGAAAUAAUCCAGGCCGUUGAUAGGCCAUUGGAAGGCCUACGUAACCGUUGCAUUCCUGUGUAAUAUACAAUUUUUCACAGUAUUUACUGUACCUCAAGUUGGCGAGUGAAUGCAUGUGUUUAGUGCUCUGUUCCUCUUGGUU